GCAUGACAAAAAAUUAACAGGACAAAAUUGUGCAGGUCUGAUGAAAGACGUGCGCGCUUAGCAUUAUUUAUGGCGGGAGGAGAAGAAGGGCUUCAAAAUGUAAACUCUUCCGACCUGAUUCUCCCAUAUUGCGUUUCUCUCCUUCAUAAUUCAGUUUUAAAGGAAGCCCCACAACUCAGCUCCCAUCCCGUAGGAAUGAAUUAUGAAAAAUGAGAAUUUAGAAAUGAACUCUAUACUAAAACGAGAAUAUGAACCAAAGUUAUCAGUCUUUGGCAACAGAUUGAUUUCAGUUGUCAGAGCUCCUCAAACCCAGCUACUUUCCUCAGACCAACAUUCUGAAAACUCCGCUACAUCCCACCUGUCUUGCUCCUUCCAAGAACACGAUAAGUCGGCAUUCCUGGCCCUAUCAGAAACCAAAAUCCUGCAUGGUCGUUUCCUCAGAACAGAAACUUCGGUUACGAACUAUUCAGCUGUCAAAUCUUUACUGGAUGGGUACUACAAAUGUUCAAGAAUGGACUACGCAGUUAAGCUGUUCGAUAGAAUGGCUAUCCCAUAUACGUUUUGCUGGAACCAGAUGAUUUCGGGUUGUAACAGGGCGCUGUUGUUCAGCGAUUCAUGGGAGUUUUUUUGUAGUAUGCACGCAUCAGCCGUAUGUAUGGAUAGGUUUACAUAUGGAGGAGCUCUUUCUGCUUGCGAAGCUUUAGAAUCUGUGGUGUGCGGCGAGCAGGUUUAUGGUCUCGUAAUGAAAAAUGGGUUCUUUUCUAAUGGUUAUGUAAGGUCUGGGACGAUAGAUUUGUUUGUUAAGAGUUGUAGGUUUGAUGAUGCUUUAAGGGUGUUUUAUGAUUUUCAAUGCGAUAAUGUAGUUUGUUGGAAUACAAUUAUAUCCGGAGCUGUUAAGCGUAGAAAAUAUUGGCAUGCUGUAGAUAUGUUUAUUCAAAUGUGUUAUGGACCUUUAAUGCCAAAUGGUGUAACUAUCUCAAGUGUGUUAAAAGCUUGUGCUGCAGUUAAGGAGUUUGAGAUGGGGAAGAUGGUCCAAGUAUGGGCAACUAAAUGUGGUUGUGAGAAUGAUGUAUUUGUGCAGACUGCUUUGGUUGAUAUGUAUGCCAAAGGAGGGUAUAUGGAUGAGGCUGUAAAAGAAUUCACUGAGAAGCCAGUUCGCAGUGUUGUUUCUUGGACAGCUUUGAUAAAUGGUUUUGUUCAAAGUGGAGAUUAUGUUUCCGCAUUUCAAUUAUUUGAUGAAAUGAGGCAGAAGGAGGUUGAAAUAAAUGACAUUACCAUUUCCAGUGUGCUUACAGCUUUUGCUGAGCCAUUUAUGAGUGUAGAAGCAAUGCAAAUCCAUUCCUGGAUCUUUAAAGCUGGAUUUUAUCAGGACUCACUGGUUAAAAUCUCUUUGAUCAGUAUGUAUUCAAAGAUUGGGGAAUAUGGUUCAUCUGAAAUGGUCUUUGCCGAGACUGAAGAUCUCAAGCACCUUGGUGUAUGGGCCAAUAUGAUUUCUGCCUGUUUGCUAGGCUUCAGUUCCUCUAAGGCAAUUCAUUUGUUUCAGAGAAUGUUUCAUGAGGGGGUCAAACCAGAUGAAUUUUGUUGUUCUAGUGUGUUGGGUGUUGUAAACUCUCUAGAUCUAGAUGAAUCAAUCAAGUUGUUUAGAGAGAUGCUCUCAGAAAAAUUAAUGGCUGAUGAAAAGACAUUAAGCUCUGUCUUAUCUGCAUGCUCCACUCUUCAGUGUCUGAAGAUUGGUAAAGAAGUGCAUGGUUUUAUUCUUCGAUGCAGAAUAGGUGAGUUUGUUAUUGCAGGGAGUGCACUGGUGAAUAUGUACGCAAAGUGCGGAGAUCUAGUUUCAGCAAGGA